AUGGAUCCAGGAGUUCGAGAAGAGACCAGAGACGACUACGACGACAAGCAGGUGGUCUCAGAGAUCAUGGCAAGAUGUUUUAUUCCAACUCGGAUAACAACCUCUUCCUGGGAAGGCUUUCGUUUUGUUGGUCAUGAGAUUCGGAUUACUGAAGCCAUGGAUUGUUAUGGUGCUGUUGUUUGGCCAUCGGCCCUUGUUCUAUGCUAUUUCCUGGAAACUAACGCAAAACAGUAUAAUAUGGUUGACAAAAAUGUGAUUGAAAUUGGAGCUGGCACAGGGCUAGUCUCUAUCGUGGCAAGUUUACUUGGUGCUCAUGUUACUGCCACAGAUUUACCUGAAUUACUUGGAAACCUGCAAUAUAAUAUUUCCCGAAACACCAAAACGAAAUGCAAGCAUUUGCCUCAGGUUAAAGAGCUCUCCUGGGGAGUUGCAUUAGAUAAAAACUUCCCCAAGUCUUCCAAUAAUUUUGACUACAUCCUGGCAGCGGAUGUUGUCUAUGCUCAUCCCUUCCUGGAAGAACUCCUCGUUACCUUCGACCACCUGUGUAAAGAAACCACCACCAUCCUCUGGGUCAUGAAAUUCAGGUUGGAGAAAGAGAAUAAAUUUGUAGAUAGAUUUAAGGAGUUGUUUGACCUGGAGGAAAUUUCCAGUUUCCCUAGUCUGAAUAUUAAGUUGUAUAAAGCUGUGAGGAAAAGUCGGAGGAGUGCGUGA